AUGCCACAACAUCAUGAUCUAAUUUCAACAUUACAAUCUAGUAAAUUUUUUAUUGCAAAUUAUCUUAUUAGUAGAUGUAGGGGCUUGAGAGUUCUAAGGAUCGACCUUGACGAUUCAACUGAAGAUAAUAAAUUACUGGAUUUAGCAUCACUUCCUAAUUUUCGGUUCAUUUUUUCAAAACUUGAAAAACUUGAGAUUCAAUAUGAUAUAUGUUGCGAUAAUUGGAGGCACAGCAUAGAUAUGAUUUCAUUAUUUGCAACUAAAUUAUCUAUAUGUUCUAGAAAUAUUCAGCAUAUUUCUAUUGUUGAUAAAAACUUUAGAGAUAUUUCUUCACGGCUUUCUCCAUAUGUUUGUGAGGCAUUUUGGCAAUUGAUCAAGGUUCAAACGAAUCUUAUUACUCUUGAAGUCCAUGAAUUUUGGCAUCCUGAAAGAUCUGAGUUAUUUUAUAACGUUCUUGAAUCUCAAGCUCGUUCAUUGAGACACUUAAGCAUCUCACAUAUUUCACAAUUUCAUCUUUUACUUCCAACAUUAACAAGUUGUACUAAUCUGGAAACUUUAGAAUUUCAAACCGUACCCGAUACAAAUAUGGAAACAUUGUUAUAUACAAAAGACUCGACAUCUCAAUUAUCAAUUAAAAAACUUUUAUGUUAUGAUAUCAAAGGGGAUCCAAAAAUUCAUAGACUCACUUUAGGGAUCAUUAUUUUUAUGACAAAUCAACAUUUAAGAGAGCUUUACCUUCCAAUUGAAAUUAGACCCGAAUUAUUAGAUGUGAUUUGUCAAUAUUGUCCAAAUCUUGUAAAUUUACAUCUUGUUUUGACAACACCGCUUCUUUUAAAAAUUCUUCCUUACAUUUCCACUUUGCCAUUGAAAUCUUUGGCGCUAUUUGACAAAGAUAAAUUAUCAUUUUCGAUAGAAUUAAUACAACAAGUAGCUCAAUCAUUUCCUUCUACGUUAUGCAAUUUGGAAAUUAAUUUUCUUAUGACAUCGCAAGGGCUACAAUAUUUUUUGGGAAAUUGUAAAGGAUCAUUGAAGAAGUUGGUAAUUCAUAAUAAAACUAUGAAUGAUCAAUAUUUGGCGGUAGUGACCCGUUAUGCAAGAGUUAAAAGAAGUUUGAAAAAGUUUAAGUAUGAUGGGAAGUUUUCUGAAGAAAUGUUAGAUAAUGCUAGAGUUUGGAUUCCGAAGAUUGAGAACAUUUAA